AUGACGGAACUGCCAGAAAGACCGUGGGAUACAGUUGAGAUGGAUUUUUGCGGUCCGUUCCCAAAUGGUGAAUAUGCGUUAGUUGUUACGGAUCAGUACUCAAGAUAUCCGGAAGUGGAGUUCGUAAGAUCAACCUCGCAUAUAUCGGUUCAGAAGAAACUGAAGAAGAUAUUUUCAACGUAUGGAAUACCAAAGAGAGUUCAAACUGAUAAUGGACCUCCAUUCAAUUCAAAUGAUUUCCAACUAUUUGCUGAGGUGACGGGGUUUCGGCAUAAGAAGAUUACACUCAGACAUCCUAAAGCUCAAGGACAAGUUGAAGGGUUUAAUAAGCUCGUGAAUAAGACAGCAAGUAUAGCAUCUCAAGAGGGUUUGGAUCUACACGAGGCAACCUACGAUAUGCUUCAAGCGUACAGAUCAACGCCACAUCCAGCUACUAAAGCUACUCCCUAUGAAUUAUUGAUGAACAGACAAGUGCGAACAAAAUUGGAUCACUUUCCUGUAGAAUUAUCUCCGAAAGAUAAAGAAACACAAGAGUUGGACGCUAGUUACAAGAAGAAAGUGAAGCUGUAUCAUGAUAAACGACAUAAUUCAAAACGGCACAUAUUUCAAAUUGGAAACGCAGUUGUUCUAAAGAGAGAGAAGAAGAGAAAAACGGAGACUAUAUAUGAACCAUACAUAUACAUCAUUACAGAUAUCAAGGGAUCUACAAUAUUUGCAAGAAGAAUAACUGAUGGUAAAACGGUGUGCAGAGACUCAUCCAGAUUUAAACAGUUAAAUGGAAGAAGCGACAAAGACAAAGAAGAAAAGAAGAUGGAAGAAUUAAAGAAAGGUGAAUCACAAGUACCACCAUCAUUCACUCUGAGAGACAAGAAGAUAAUUAACAAUGAAGAAAAUGAAGAUCAAGAAUUAAUUAACAACGAAGUAAGAUAUGAUGUAGAGGACACUAAUCAAGAGGUAAAUCCACCGAUUAGAAGAUCGACACGAAAACGUAUUUCAAUAUUUGAGAAACAAUUAAGAGAUUAUACUCCGUGA